AUGAGAAAGCUCUCUCGUGGAAGGCCUCUCGAAGUUAAUAACAUUGACCAUAUUAUAAGAUGCUAUGGUGGUAUGACGAUCGCGAUAGAAAUGGAACCUCACUAUAUGCAAAAGUCGAAGCAGCCCAAAGACAUGGUUCAGUACAUCGAUUUUCUCAACCGCAGAAAUGGGGAACUUAGAUUCGAGCUUACAUUCUACCGGGAAUGUUACCGGCACGCAGAAAAGUUCAAGGAAAAGAUUGACAGAAUCUCUCAAGACUUACUGCAAGCAUGCAUUCUUGGUUUACUUGAUGGAAUCGCUUUCGACGAGAUCCGAGACCUUUCCAACGCAGUCUCAGAUGCAGUAGAUCAAUUCAGCCACGACCAGGAACAAGCAUUUGAAGCUUUCAUAGCGCCUUACAGAGCAUCAAAGAGUCCAAAAAAAACUACCAUGUCGAUGGACGGGUGGAUUUGA